GUCGUGUUAGCUGAUUUUAUCCAUCGCUGGUUUAUUCACCCCACACUGUACAGCGAUUUGUUCUUCUUGGCAUUCAGGGAAGCGCUCUCGAGGACGUCAUACUGGCCUCCGCAUGAGUCCACAGAAUCGGAAUAUUUGCGCCUUGGCAGGCGUUUCUAUCCAGUCGAUCUUUCGAAUCGUUUACUUGGCUUAGAAUUAGUCUAGAUUUCCCUUCCUCUUCGUUCUGUCAAUGCUCUGUCCGGUCUAUAUCCUCCUCGCGUUAUAAAGGGGUCAAGGACCCGCAACGUGGCUGAUCUAACCCAUGUCGCACCCACUGGAUGCGCGAGUGCCAAUUCGCCCACCGACAUCACGAUGAGUAGCGACACGCUUGAUCAGGUCUCGACUGAGGCCUUCCCACCGCCGCCUCAGGACAUCGAGGCCCAUCCGCGGUCGCCCAAUCGCCCAGUCUCCUCGCCCCGGGACGCAGAUUCCCCGGAUACGGUCACCCGAAUUACCUCGAGAGAAACCGUGCGGAAUCGAAUGCGACGCAACACAGCGCGAUCGUAUCACGGCGAAGGCUAUUCCCACGAUAACAGCUGGCAGCCGGGGACGGAGCCGGGCAUCGACCCGAACCAGCCGCUUCCCGCCUACGAAGCCGACUGGACCCCGAACAUCCCGCCCCAUCUGCACCGACAAUGUGACAUCAUCGUGGUCGAUUUCUCGCAGCAUGAAAUGCGACAGUAUGAGCUCGACAAUGACACGUUGGCGCCGUUCUUGGCUCGGAAGAAGGAGCCCUGGGUGCAGUGCCGAUGGAUCAAUGUGAAUGGUCUCAGCUGGGAUGUCAUCCGCAUCCUAGGAAACCAGCAGUCGCUGCAUCGGCUGGCGAUCGAGGAUCUGAUUAACACGACGAACCGCACCAAGGUGGACUGGUACUCGGAUCAUGCAUACGUCGUACUCACGCUGCAAAAGCUGGUCCGGGUCUUGGAAGAUAAGAGCGACUCGAGCGAUUCUGAGGACGAGGACAAUGAUCGGCACGAAGAGUGCGCCCACGGCCGUCGUGGCUCUUUUCAGAGUGCAAAAACGGUAGCCAACAAACGUUCCACGAGCAUGGGGAUCAUCCUGGAGGCCUUGAAGGACAUCCUCACACUGAAGUCCCCAAGGAGACGGAACAACGGCCGUCGCGUGGCGAACAGGACUUUUCCAUCGUCAAGGGUUAAACCUUCGAACGGGGGCCGCAUGCCAUCAGAGGAUUUGACGGACGCGAGGUGCACUGCCCGCACUAUGCAGCGCUUUCGCGGGGGGCCCAACGAAGACCGGAUCGCGUUCAUGGAACGUCACGCGGUCCUCGCAGCCAAGGGUCUCUGCGUGACUCUCGAGCAGGUGUCGAUCUUCCUGAACGCGGACAAUAGCGUAACAUCGUUCUUCGACAACAGCGCAGGGGAUAUCGAAGCCCCGAUCGUCAAGCGACUCAUGUCCCCGGAGACCAUCCUCCGGCAAUCAUGCGACGCCAGCAUGCUCCUGCAGGCCAUUCUCGACGCAAUCAUCGAUUUAGCUAUCCCAGUCACCACCGCCUACCAGGACGUGAUCGGAGACUUGGAGCUGGAGGUAUUAACCGAUCCCGACAUCGAUCAGUCCAAGAGCCUGUACAUCCUGACCUCGGAGAUCUCCAUCCUGCGCAACUCCAUGCAGCCGGUCGUGAACGUCAUCAACGCGCUCCGCGACCAUCGGUCGGAACCAGUCAAUCCGCCGGGCUUGCCAGUCAAGGUCCCAGGCCGUAACACGUCGUCCGAUGAAGACGCGUCGCAAAUCGGUAUCGCCAUGCCUAAUCUCAAGAGUUUGAGUGGCUCGAGCGUGUCCAUAAGUCCUAUGUGCCAUACUUAUCUGGGCGACGCGCUGGACCACUGUAUUACGAUGGUGGAGGGGUAUGAUCAGAUGCGACGUGCUGCUGAUAACAUGAUUGAUUUGAUUUUCAAUACCAUCGGCGCAUAUCAGAACGAAAGCAUGAAGCAGCUUACACUUGUAACCUGCUUUUAUCUACCUUUAACAUUUUUGACGGGCUACUUCGGAAUGAACUUCGAAACCUUCUUCGGCAUUCAGCACAGCGAUUCAUACUUCUGGAUCAUUGCAAUUCCAUUUGUCUUUGCGACGACUGCAUUCUUGAUGCGCGAUAAACUACGCCGAUACUUCGUGCGUCUCGCGCAGAAGCGCCUCAUCAUGAGCUCGCGGAAGCGACGACGGCAGAGAACGGACUAACAUGUCUUGAUCCUGUAAUGAUUUGGACUAUUAACAUGCCUCUAUUCCACCUGCCCUUAUUCUCAAGCACCUCAUUUGAGAAACAUACACUUCCACGCCGGUUAGCCGGUCUACCUCCGCCUCCACAGAGCUUAUCCGUUGUGGCUUUCAUGAUUUGAUUAACGUGCGAAAGCUCAACCGUCGCUAAUACCAGUCCUAGAAUGGACGAUUAUACAAAUCCCCAGACUCUUCACACUCAGAUAUCCGGGUAUCUGAGGUGUACACUUUUAUAUUAUAGGAUGCAUCGAAUCCUUAUGUACUAUAGAUUAGCAUAGA